CUGAUUAGUGACUCGUGGGAUUUUUGUGUUUACCGUUUUCUGAGGACUCUUUUUUCACUAACAUUUAGUUCAAUAAUGUUUCAAAGGAAUUGUUCCUUUUGAAACUAUUUUGUAGAGCUUAUUUUCUUCGUGUGGAGGCGUUUCUGCUAAUUUCGUCCGCAAGUGGACCUAACCUUAAUGCGUGUAACGUUGUGUAUAAAAUCUGUGAAAACGACUUAUUCAGGAUUGUCCCACUUUCAAUUUUAGUGAUUUAAUUCCUGCUUAGCUUAUCUUGUCGCCAUUCUUAAUUGUACAUUUACAUGAUCGGGUAUAGAAUUUGUGUAAAUACCUCCCUAUUUUCGGUUUCGUUUAUUCCUUUGUCCGUUAUUCGUCUCUCCCCCAACCAGUGAGUCAUCAUCCUGGUCCUGAUAGGCAAGUAUGCCAAAAUUUUAACUUGCUUCCAAUGCUUGACCGAAAUUUUUACAUUACAACAUUCUGUGUAUUUCCUUUUCGUUCAUUUCUUUAACUGAUGCGGUCGUGUUUGCAAUUCUAGUUCCUAAAGGGAAAAACAUGGAGGAGGCAUUUUGCUUGAAGUGGAGGAACCAUACCUCUAACCUCACUGGCGUCCUGAGCAAAUUCCUCAAGGAUGAAUCUUUGGUAGAUGUCACCCUUGCAUGUCCCGGAGACCGCGGGGAAUUUAAAACCUUCAAAGCUCAUCAGAUGGUGUUAUCCGCAUGUAGUCCAUACUUUGAAAACUUGUUUCUGCAGAGUAAGCAUCCGCACCCAAUUAUAGUCCUUAGUGAUGUCCAACCCAAGGAAAUGGAAGUCCUUCUCCACUUCAUGUAUCGUGGCGAAGUUGAAGUCAAGCAAGAUGAAAUUAAGACAGUUUUGAAAACUGCGAAUGCGCUUAUGAUUCGAGGCCUCAGUGAUGAUACACAGGUCCAAACUAGUGAAAAGAUAGCUGAGAAAAAAAGGCCUCGGUCGCCGUCUCCACCUAAGAGCUCAGAGAGCGUUAGGAAAAGGCGGAACACAGACAGUGACACACAGCAAAGUUCUAAAAGUAUUCCAAACAACCCUCCAUCCGAUCGAUUUUUAUUGGAUCAACCUAUUGCUCAUUUACCUCAUUCGUCAAGUUUUUCGGGUACACCUACUUCCAGUGCUCUCAUUUCAUCAUUUUCAUUGUCAUCACAAAUUGGAACAUCUAGUACUCCAGACGAGCUUUACUCAAAUGUCAAACAAGAAGCGCCACUUGAGGAUAGCUUUAGCGAGCGAGACCUUCCAAUGAAUGAUUAUGGGCGUGAUGUGAGUGUUGAAUCAACUCAGAGUGAUAGAACAAGUUCUCCUCGCAGUUAUCAGCUCCCAUCAGCAAUGCCGCAGUGCUUAGUCAAAAAGGGUGAUUCUACAGAUGAUUCAAAUGUUUCUCCUGGCUUGAAUUCCGGUGACCAUGAUGUGGAAGAUUCAGGUGGCAACACCUCUGAUGCUCUAGAUGAGAUGUAUAAAGACGACAUGGAGAGUGUAUGUGGAUCAGGGGGCGGGGGCAAAAGCAGUGGCCGCCAGCCGGACAUCUUCCGAUCAAACCCAGCCCAGCCCGGCACAUACCAUUGUAUACUUUGUUCAAAAGCAAUCCGCAGCCGUUGGCACCAUGUCCAAACGCACUUUUAUCGCAACCACAAGUGUCCGCAAUGUGAUGCUGUCUACUCUCGGGUUGACACGCUGAAGAUUCACGCCAAGAAAGUCCACAACUUAAGCAUAUCGCGGUAUCUCAACGACAUCAGUGCACUAUUCCCACGGAACAUGUCAAGUCAUCCACCAUUGUCAUCGCCCAACUACUAAGUCAGCCCUGAAAGUCUUACUUCAGAAGCAUUUUUAAAUUUAGAGUAUUACCGUUCUUUUUUUUGGUAUGGAAUGGACUUACAAUAUUUUUUUAUCGUGUUAAUUUUAAUUCUUGAGCUGAUGGCCUCAUUCUUUGAGCUCAAAAAUACUCUGAAAGUCAAUGAUUUUUUACCGCUAUUGAUGCUAAGGGUAUUAUUACUUGUUUUUUUUAUUUAUUUGUUUGUUUUUUUUUUUUUUGAUCUUUCCCCUUAAUGUUGCAGAUGUUAGAUUUUCAAUUUUUUGGAAUACUUAUGAAUACAGUUGUAGAACUAACUUAACAUGCCUCUUUGCAUUUUUUUAUAAAAUGCAGGAAAUAAAUGUCAUUAGAUAAGUAGUGAAUGUUUCCAAUAUCUAUUUAUGUAUUUUUAUUAUUAUUAUUAUUUUUUUUAUCACACUGCCCAUGAAAUGAGAAUUCAAUUUUGAAUGCACUAUAAAAUCAUGGCUUUUCUCUUUUUUUAUGUCAGGAAAAUUAAAACCAUGAGUGAGUCUUCAGACAACCCCUCCAAGUUACACGAGGUGGAUUAAUGAAGCAGGUUUUCUCGUUUUCAAUCUCUCCUCACUUCGGUUUUUUGUUACCCCCUCCUCUUUUUUUAAUAUUUUAAUUUUUCAAUCUUUCCAACCAUCACUCAUUUCAUUCCCAUCUGUGAUAAAUGAUCUGUAGUAACUCCAAUGAAAAAUAGAGAGUUUUUUCAAAGUAUUUAUAAUUUUGCCACAAGCUGCUCAAAAUUUUGAUGAGAUGAAUUCAUCCAAUGAAUAUGGAAUGAGUAUUUAUCAUCUCCAUUACCCAUUAUCUGAUAUCCUCCAUAACGUUUUUAUGCAUAAGGGAAAUUUGAUGUGCGCCCUAAAAAUUGUGCUCUCGAUUUCUCUAAGUUUCCUAAUCCAUGUUAGGAAAUGCUCUCUUGAUUAUAAAAAUUUUCUCCAUCACUAUCAGUAUGUUUUUGCAGGGUGUCUAGUGACGGGGAAAAUCAAGAAAGUGAGAAAGAGAAUGACCGGGAGGGUAUGGAACUCCCGUGCAAGAUUAUGAUUUCUUGCAUGAGAGGCCGUUCAUAAAUUACUUGACGCUCCGGUGGAAAAGAGUCAAAAAGAGCAUUGCAUCAUUUUGGGCUCAUGUCACAGUAGCCCAGUGAAGAGGGGAAGAGGGUCGAUAAAUCUGAAAUUAAGUGUUAUGUAUUUUUUGAACGGCCCCUAAUUUCACGAAUUUUCGAUACUGAGCCUCUACCUAUGCGCACUGGUGCUUUGUGCUAAGAUAUGUUUAUUUCUGCACUCCAUUUGGUUUGGAACGAAAGGGCAAGGAAAGUCAGGGAGACAGUAAAUGCAAGGGUCAGAGAAAAGAUGGAGAGUCUAAAAGAGAAAGUGAAUUUUGCAAGACACCCUGGUUUCAAUAUGUAAAGUUCUUUUUCCUUUUUUCCUGCAUCGUGGUCUUUUCAGCUCCUAAGCAUUCUCAUUAUGAUCCUUUUGAUCCUCUAAAACAUUGUAAAGAAGGACCCUAUCAUCAUAUUCAAAAGCCUCUUUUGUUUAAACUACUAUCUGCUCUCCUUUUUUAACGAGCUGUAAUAUUUCCAAAAGAUGAAUACAGAACCAUCGAGUGGAGCUAUUUCUACAAGACCACUUUCUGUAAUCAUACUCUUCAGUAUGUUUAAAAAUUAUCUUCUGUAUUUUUAAAACAUGGCUUUAGAUAGCAAAAUACAGUUUUGGAAAGAAAUAAAAUCUUAAUUCCAUUGUGUAAUAUCCUUUUUGAUUUCAUCAAUAAUCAAUUCUCAAUGUUGGCAUUGUGUAGAUUUUAUUUGUAAUAUCGCUUUUCAAAUCCAAUUUUGUCCCUGACUUUCACUGGAGUGUUAGUUCAAGUUUCUAAAAAUUCAGCUUCAAUAAUCCCUUUAAAAGAAAAAAAACUACACGCCCGGGAGAAAUCAAAUUAUAAGGAUGGAAAUUUAAACGUCACUGUUAUGUUCAACAACAGGUUUAUUCUAGCUGACAGCAUCUGAAACCGACUCUAGGCAGUUUUGCACUAAGCAAGAAACCAACUACUUGUGUAAGAACAAUGAAAAAAAAAUAAAUGCUCAUUUGCUUAUUCUCACUCAAAUGAAAUUGUUUUUAAAUACUCAAUGAAAAAGAACGUGUUUUUUGGGUAAGUUGGUUCAAACCCUGUGGAAAAAUUUCAAUCCAUCCUGAGAAGAAAAUGUUUAAAUACUUCAACUCUCAAAAAUAAUCUCCCCACCCUUACCUCUUCUGUAUUUUUUUUCUAUUAUUAUUUUCAAUCUUAUAGAUUGUAAUUUUUGCUCGUCAAAUUGUCUCUAAAAAUUUCCAGUGGUUUGUUUUUGGGGCAGAGAGUCAAUUGAAGGCCAAAUAUAUUUUGAAAAUUAUUUUCUAUGUGUAAGUCCUAGUGAAGUUAUUUGUUUCGGUUCUUUUUCUGUGUAUUGGAUGUGUCCUAGUGUUUUGUGAGCACAGACUAAGAGAUAGCUUUUCUGUUGAAGAGUUUUAACCCAUGAGAUUCACCAUGAAGCAAAACGCUAAUAUCUUUUUUCUGAUAUUUUAUUAAAAUUGAAGCCAUUUUAUUAAGAUUUUACUUGUCGCAUCCCGUCUUUUAUCUCUCCUGCGUUUAAAUUCGCACCGUACUUAUCUUUUCAUUCACCUACAUUCCAUCUUUAUCUUAAUCGAUAUUUUUAACAAAAGCCUGUAUUAUCAUGUGUGCUAUCAUAACCCUCAUAAUAAUUAUUAUCAUUGUUGUUGUUGUUCUUGUUGUUAUUACUAUUAGCCAAGGGAGGUGUGAGAACGAUAAAGACCAAUUGAGAGUACUAAUACUAACACGUUUAUUUUUUCAAUGUUAAUUGCUCAUGUAAGUAUUUGUACACUUUAGUUCUAGUUUUUAAAUUCAUUUUAUUUUAGUCCUUAAAAUUAUUAGAAGACCAGAAAUCUGUGAUAAAAUGACAUUGUAUUAAAUACGUAUUUUAAUUAUGUGAUACUUGAUUUAUGAAAGGCCGCUUCGUUUUUAAAUGCCCACGUAAUUUUCGUCCUACAGCAUUCUCAGCUUUUUCUAAUGAGAGGUUUUUUAGUCCUAACUCCUUCUUUUUAAACUUUCCCUUUUUUUAUUGUACUUUCUUUUCAUUUUUUUUCGUUUCCUCUGACUGUUAGAAUCUCAGUUGCUAUCAGGUUGGCAAAUAUAUAGUUCCAGUUGUCCUGCAGUGUUGCUUCAUUUCUACCUACUGUAGGAUAAGUCUGUUUGUUUUUUUUACUUCUUUGCCAUAAAGUUUCUCUCGUAUGUAGAACUUACAUAGACUCACCAAUGUCAAUAAGACUUUCUGAAAGUUCCUAAAAUAUAAACAACGUUUCCAAGCCUCAUCAGUAUGUAUAGCACAUUUAACCCUGAAACCUGGUCUUUGAAAGGAGAAUUCUUCUUUUACCCGCUGAAAUAUCAGCCUGUUUCUUCACAGCUGAAUGAACCCUAGAGCUAGAAAAGAAGAGCUAUUCAGCUAGAGAAGAUGAAACUCCAAGAAGGCAAUGGAAAUAAACUGUUUGCACUUUUGGAAAGAUCUGUGAUCUUUAUGAAAAAAAAAUUAUGAAGGCAGUUGGUUGCUCCAAAUUUGUAAUAAACGUAAUCAUCAGAAGGCUUAAAUUACCGCCCUCUGAACCAUUUAAUUGUUAUAUCUUAUCUUUUUCAUCUGCCCAUGAAAAAGUAAUUGGGAGCAUGACUAUUAAACGAUGAGUCAAUUUUAAAGAGUCAAAAAAUUCAAAACCCUGAUUUUUGGACGUAUCCAACUAGAUUGUAAUCUUCCGCAGUAAAGAUUGAAUUCAGUGAAAAAGUACCAAGUCUUCUAAGUCAAAACACAAACAUAAAUAACUCUCAAGUGUUUUCUUCUACACGACUCAGUUUAAAAGAAAAAAGCAAAAGCUGAACUUCUUUCUUAAUUGAAGCGCGUCGAAAGCAACCCGGGCACAAAGCACUGGAGACUCUCCUCGCCUAAAAUUUAAGGAUUUUUUUAUUUGUUUGCCUAUGAAGAUCUUUCUUCUCAUGUUUUAUUUUUUCGAAGGAAAACCAGGAAAUAUCUCUGUUUUAAUUUUCAGUGAGUACUUUUAAUAGUUUAAAGGAAAAAAUCUGACAAAAUUUCAUAAAUUCGAAAUGUUUUGUUUCCUCGUAUUUAAAUGAAAUGACGCAGAAAGUCUGUAAAGUCGCAAACUCAGACAGGUGUAUUCUAAUGUCACCACCGACUAACACUUAGUUUAGAUGAAUCGAUAAAGGCUGAAUCAAGUGCCCUUUUUGCCCCUUGAUAGUUCUGAUUGUUACAUUUUUUGGCGGUAGAAGGUAUACAUUCAUCCCAGACUGGCAGUAGGAGGUAUACAUUCAACCCAGACAAAUGGUUUUGUUAAAUAUACAAUGUUGUAAACUUAGAUCUGAAAACCAAACACCAUCAUUUUUCACUUAACGCCUCUUUCGAGUGUAUGACUUUUUCUCAAGUAAUUCUUAAUUUUCCGCACCUAUCAAUGUGUAAACAACAAAAAAAUGAAUCUCAAAAAUUAACUCAUUGUUUUCUAGUCAGAAAAUUAAUUUCCCUUAAAAAAUAUUCUCCUUUUGCCGCCAUCACUGCAAACAGAAAAGCAAAAGAAACAAGCAUUAAAAAAAGUUAGUACAUUUUUUCAAAACUAGUAAUGCGCUUUAAUGCCAUCGCCGUUUUUAAUCAGAGCACGCCAAAUUUUAAAAAAAUUCCCAUCUACUUCAAAAAAAGAAAGGAGCAGAGAUCAUUCUCUAAUUCAGCCAAAAUAAAAAAAAGUACCCAAAUGAACCUAAAGCAUGCUGAAAAAAUGUCUAAUCUCUCUUUGGGAAGUAUUUGUAUAAAAUAGUGUGAGUUCUUUGGAGAUCAAAUUUCGGGAGAGGGUAUCCGCUAUGAGUCACUGAAAUCAGAUUAAGAUGUAGGAUACUUAAAAUGAAGACACCUAGCUUACUCACUAGCUAGAUCUUGAACCCUGCAUUUAUUGUGAAGGGGACGGCAAGGAAGAGUUGGAGUCUCAGAUACGCUGCAAUGUCUUGUGAAGUUGCAGUGCUGUCUUAUAAGACAAAAUUAAUAACUGGCAGCACUGCAUUGUAACAUGGCAAUUAAAAUUUUUUCGUAACAUCAUAAUGUGAAGUUGAGAAGACUAUCAUUAUCUUCUGUUAAUGCUAGCUCAAAGUUAGUGAAUCAAAUUAAUUAAUGUAGAUAUAUUUUUUUCCUCUUUUAUACUUGCUGAGCAGAGAGGGUUCCUUUCAUUAUAUCCCCUGCUAAAAAGAGGUGCUUCAGCCCCUAGCCUGCACUUUUUGAGUAAGAGCAGUGGUCUUCUUAUCCUUCGUUUCUUCAUUCAUUAAGAUUGUAUAGAAGUAAAGCCUAUCAAGUAGACAUCAGUCCUUUCCACCUGCUCGACUUAUAGUCAUUAUCAUCUAGUUAAGUCAUGCAAAGGUAUUAAACUCCAACCUCCUCCUCCUCCUCCCCUUACCUACGUUAUACUCUAUUUCUGUAUGAUUUUUUCCCACUUAUUGAAACUUGUUUGUAAAUGCUUGUAUAUACCUAAAUUAAUUGUUAUUUAUCCCUUAAGUAUCUUUGUAAAUAAAAAAUCAAAUGUUACUAAAA